CACCAGACUCAUGAUACACAUGCACGGUGCACCGCAUAGUCCACCAGGUCGUGGAAAGCGAAGGAUCCGAGCGUGUACCACGCAGUUUGUCAACCUGCAGGGAGCGAAGGAUGCGAUUGUGCACCGCGGUGAUGACGUAGAUAUUCACAACUUCGCCAACACGUAUGGAAAUUUACUUCGGGAUCUUGUAUGAUCUUUCAGCAUUGCCCAAGAUAAGCAAGCCGGUUUCAACAUCAACGAUGGCUCUCCUUCACGAUGGAUUCCCCGUGCCGUAUCAAACGCAAGCCUUUGCCAAACGACACUUCUAGGAACUCAAGCAUGAACACGUCAACUCCGCUCCCAUAUGAUUCAGAUCAUUCAUCGCAAACCCUGAUUUCCGAGAACUUGUCUAUGCUGACCCAUGAUGGGGUAACGACCCCUGCAUUGAUGCCCGUCUAUAUGAAUGAGUUUCAAGGCUGCGAAAAGCAACACCCUGACAGGCCGACAUCCAAGUUCAAGAUCCGCGGAGGCGGGUGGGGUCUCGAGAUUGCUGGACUCCUGACGACCAUACUAUCAUUCAUCGCUCUCGUUAUCCUCGUACGUAAGGUCGACGGCCAGCUCCUCUCGUCAUGGAAGUUCUUCCUUCCCGUGAAUACGGUCGUUUCCGUCCUGUCGAUUUCCAUAAAGACGCCGUUAGCAUUUGUGGUAGGCGCCUGUAUAGGCCAGAAUAAAUGGUCCUGGUUCAGCAAGCGGCCAGGCCCACUCUCGGGAUUCGUCGCCUUUGAUGAGGCGAGCCGUGGACCGCUGGGUUGUCUUACUUUGCUCUGGUGGCUCAAAUCAUGUCACUGGGCAUCCUUGGGCGCAUGGGUCACCCUCACACUACUCGCGGUUGAUCCUUUCCUUCAGGCGGUCAUCAUGUACGAAGGACAACUAGAUUCCGUCUCCGUCUCCGCCGCCGAAACUGGCAUCUCUCGUGCCUCCAAACUGGACUUUGGGGACUGGUACUACGAGAUCAUGAAACGUGUGGAAUACAGAGGCAUCUUUGGCGUCAUGGGUAUAUGUGAGAUGUAUCCUGACGCGGGCGUGUCCGCAACGACACUCAUGGGCUUCGUCAACUCGUCCACUGCCAGCCCUACCCAACCACCCCUGUUUACAUGCCGCACAGGCAAUUGCACGUUUCCACUUUACUCCUCGGUGGGAAUGUGUAGCCGAUGCGCUGACGUGUCGGAGCAUGUGGUGAAGGAAAGCAGGUUCGGACUGCCGGACGAGAAUCCCUUUACCCGAGCGCACGGGUCCGAUGCCGUACAAAGCAUGAACUAUACCAACUACGUUUUGCCAUACAACUCAGGCCGUCGGCUACUUCUCCAGCGGAACAACGGGUUCAGCAACCUAUCGAGAUAUUCGGGGAGCCGCAUACCCCGUGUAGAUGUUACUUCGGUCUAUUAUCCGCAGCAGACCUACUCUUUCCAGGACUCUAGCACUCUCCUAGCUUCUUUUGGUAUAGUCAGCGUCGACCAGUCGUACUGGAACAAUCUGACCCCCUGGGAAGACACCAAUAUCUACGCCACCGAGUGUGUACUCGAAUUCUGCGCGCAGGUAUUUCAAGCUACGGUGCAAGAUGGUAUACUACAAGAAAUAGCAAUACCCAGCGCCACAUUUAAUCGAGUUCCAAAUUCGUUCCAGCCGACAGCCUGGGAAACAAAGGAAAUUAUGAAGGGGAUCGAGACCGACUUCGGCAAUUCCCUCGGCAUGUACGACCAAAAGUCCUACGGAGUCCUGCCGGGAGUCGUCCUAUCACGAAGCGACCUCCAACUCAGAAUGAACGGCGAUGCAAAGCUGCCGAUGGGCGAUAACACGGUCCAAACAGUCUUCAACAUUACCCAGAAGUCCAUCCACACCAUCUCAUACUUCCUCGCCCAAAACACCACCCUCGACUCCAUCGUCUACUCCCUUUCCGACUCAACCGACUUCCUAACCACCUUCCAGACCGCCGCGCGUCUGCUUUCCAACCGCUUCCGCGAGCUCGACGACAAUAAAAACAACCGAAGCAGCACCAGUAGUAAUCUCGUUACCGGCACCGCAGAGCAGUGGGUGACCUACAUCCGGGUGUGCUGGGUCUUCUUCAUCGGCCCCACCCUGGUGUUGCUGGCGGGGUUCGUGUUUGUCCUCGGCGCGUUGUACGAUUCCCACAGCCAGAGGUUAGAGAAGAUGAAUUCCGAUGCGCUGGCUAUGCUGAUGCACGGCGUGGAUGGCGAGACGAGGGCGAGGUUGAGGGAGGAGAAGAGAGAGGGGAGGAGGGCGGAUCGAAUUUGGGUGCGGCUGGAGGAUGAAAAGAGUGGGUUGAGUUUGAGGUCACAGGAGUAAGGAGGAUAGGGGCUUGGAUUGAUUAUGAGCACUGGAGGUAUGGAUUACAGUAGGGAUAAUGAUGGUGGGAACAUCCGGGGAUCUUCGGUAAUGAUCAUUAUUGGAGCGACUCUGCUCAAAUCAAUAUUGGAC